AUGGCGGCGGCGGCGGCGGAGUCCGGCGGGAGGCGAGUGGGCUUCGUGGGCGCGGGCCGCAUGGCGGAGGCCAUCGCGCAUGGCCUCAUCCAAGCAGGAAAAGUGGAACCUGAGCACGUGCUGGCCAGCGCGCCCUCCGACAGGAACCUCUGCCGUUUCCAGGCCAUGGGCUGCCAGACCACCCACUCCAACCUGGAGGUGCUGCACAGCUGCCCCCUCGUCUUCUUCGCCACCAAGCCCCACAUCCUGCCCGCCGUGCUGGUGGAGGUGGCUCCUGCUGUCACUGCGGAGCACAUCUUGGUGUCCGUGGCCGCUGGGGUGUCCCUGAGCACCCUGGAGGAGCUGCUGCCCCCGAAGGCUCGGGUGCUCAGGGUCUCACCCAACCUGCCCUGCAUCGUCCAGGAGGGUGCCAUGGUGAUGGCGCGGGGCUGCCACGCUGGGAGCUAUGAGGCCCAGCUCCUGCGGUCCCUGCUGGAGGCCUGCGGGCAGUGCGAGGAGGUGCCCGAGGCCCAGGUGGACAUCCACACCGGCCUCAGCGGCAGCGGCGUAGCCUUUGUGUGUGCCUUCUCUGAGGCCUUGGCUGAAGGUGCUGUCAAAAUGGGCAUGCCCAGUGGCCUGGCCCACCGCAUCGCUGCCCAGACCCUGCUGGGAACAGCCAAGGUGCUUCUACAGAAGGGGCAGCACCCGGCUCAGCUGCGGACUGACGUGUGCACGCCAGGCGGCACCACCAUCUACGGGCUCCAUGCGCUGGAGCAGGGUGGGCUGCGGGCCGCAGCCAUGAGUGCCGUGGAGGCCGCCACCUGUCGGGCCAGGGAGCUCAGCAGGAAGUAG